AUGUCCUACCAUAUGUGCUGCGAUAUUUUCAAUAACCCCAACACCUUUCUUCCAACUGGCUUACAUCCUGCCGGGCAGAACAAGCCUUUCCCCGGCAGCGGUUUCCCCAGCGGUGGCUUCCCCAACGGCGGCUUCCCCAACGGUGGCUUCCCCAACGGCGGCUUCCCCAGCGGUGGCUUCCCCAACGGCGGCUUCCCCAACGGUGGCUUCCCCAGUGGCGGCUUCCCCAAGCCGUCCACUGCUGGCGCCGGCGCUGCUCACAGCGCUGAGAACUGCAACGGCGGCAAGAAGAACAAGCGCGGCCGCCUUGCUUUCCGCAACUCUCUUCGCAACUAA